CUCCAUCUCGGCAUCUCCACACCUAGCAGGGGGUUUACACCCCUCUAUCUAUCUCUCUCUCUCUCUCUCUCCAAAACCACUCUCCCCUGCACCGAAGCAACCCCUCCACACUUCAACCCCUCCCCACCCACACAAAACAGUGGGAAAAUGGUGAAAAUUUUCCCAAACGUGAAACUACGCUGCGCACAUCUCCUACUUCUCCUCUCACAAUUCCCAUUCUUCGCGGCGAGCUACCACGACUACGCCGACGCAUUAUCCAAGUCGAUCCUGUUCUUCGAGGGGCAGCGCUCCGGCUACCUGCCGCCGGACCAGCGCCUGACGUGGAGAGAUCACUCGGGGCUGGGCGACGGCUGGACCGUCGCCGCCGACCUCACCGGCGGCUACUACGACGCCGGCGACAACGUCAAGUUCAAUUUCCCCAUGGCCUUCACCACCACAAUGCUCGCCUGGAGCGUCGUCGAGUUCGGCGACCGGAUGCCGCCGCCGGAGCUCCGCAACGCGCUGGUGGCGAUCAGGUGGUCCACCGAUUAUUUGUUGAAGACGGUUGCGCAGCCUAACCGCAUUUUUGUGCAGGUGGGGGAUCCGAUUGCUGACCACAACUGUUGGGAAAGGCCAGAGGAUAUGGACACCCCUAGGACAGUCUACGCCGUGGAGGCUCCGAAUCCGGCGUCAGACGUAGCCGGGGAGACGGCGGCAGCUCUAGCCGCCGCCUCCAUGGCGUUCCGAGCAUCCGACCCUGGAUACGCCGAGACACUGCUGCGGACCUCCACCAGAGUUUUCAAUUACGCGGACAGCUACCGCGGGGCUUAUAGUGAUAACGCCAACAUUCGGGAUGGGGUGUGCCCAUUCUACUGCGAUUUUGAUGGAUAUCAGGAUGAAUUGCUGUGGGGGGCAGCUUGGUUGAGAAGGGCAUCAAAUGAUGAUUCUUACCUCAAUUACUUGCAAAACAAUGGCAAAACUCUAGGAGCCGACGACAACAUUAACGAAUUCGGGUGGGACAACAAGCAUGCCGGUCUCAACGUUCUAGUUUCCAAGGAGGUUUUGGAGAGCAGCAAAUACUCACUCCAGUCAUACAGAGCCUCAGCAGAUAGCUUCAUGUGCACACUCGUGCCGGAAUCCACCUCCUUCCACAUCGAGUUCAGCCCCGGGGGACUCAUCUACCGCCCGGGGGGAAGCAACCUCCAGCACGCCACCACCAUCUCCUUCCUCUCGCUCGUCUAUGCAGACUAUUUAGAGCGAUCGUCGCAGACUGUCAACUGCGGUGAAGUCAGCAUUAGCCCCUCCGUACUGAGGCAGAUAGCACAACGCCAAGUUAACUACAUUUUAGGCGAAAAUCCCAAGGGGAUGUCGUAUAUGGUCGGGUACAGCAGCUCGUACCCUCAGAGGAUCCACCACCGCGGAUCCUCCAUCCCCUCCACCAAGGACCACCCUCAGGCGGUCCAUUGCAAGGAUGGUUCCGUCUUUUUCAACUCAUCCGACCCUAACCCUAACACGUUGGUCGGGGCCGUGGUGGGGGGCCCCGGCGAGGAUGAUGUGUAUGAUGAUAAUAGGGUUGAUUUUAGGAAGUCUGAGCCAACUACUUAUAUCAAUGCUCCAUUUGUUGGUGUUCUUGCAUACUUUGCUGCCAACCCUAACACUGGUAGUUAGUUAGGGUGAUGAGAUUUUGAGAGAAAAUUGUAUAUAGAUUUUUACGAAGUGGUUUGGAUUGAGAUUAGUGGGAAAAAAAUGUGAAAGUCUCUCAUCUUGCUAGAAAUUGCAAGGAGGAAGAGGCUAAAGGAUUAUAGGAUUGUCAUUGGCUGCAUUAACUCAAUGGGCCAAUUUUAUUUUGAUGUCAAAAGUAAUGCCUCCUUAAUUAGGGGGCAUCUCUUGGUUCCUAUUUUAGUGAUAUUUGUAUUGUUUCCAUCCUUUUUGUUUCAAGGGUUAUAACUCAGAAAAGAAAAUUUUGAGUUUUCUUGUA